AUGUCUGAACAUGGAGACCCGUGUGGAGCAUCGGAGGCUUUUUAUUGCCUAAACGGAGGGACAUGCUUCAAGAUUCCCUCUGUGUCCACACCCAGAUGUGUCUGCCACGGCAGCUUCAAGGGCAGCAGAUGUGACCAGUUCCAGCUGUUCAGAAGUUCUCAGAACUCUGAAGACGGGAGGCUCAUUGCAGCCAUAGUGAUCGUCGUGCUCCUCAUUUUGGUGGUUCUUGCAGUCAUCAUUUACUGUUCCUGCAAAGUGUGGAGGGAGAGGUCCAAGAGCCUUCAGGGAAGAGCCCAGUACAAGACUGUUAAGCCACCAGCAUGAGGAUGGCCUUGGGGCAGCUUUUGGGGGGCACACAGUUGUAGAAGGGUCCUGAAUGCUUUAACUGCUGGCUUUGGUUUGGAUGCUGCUAACACUGAUGUGGAGCGAACACCUCUGACCUACAGCAGCAGACAGUCUCCAAAUCCAUCCUUCCAUGUGUCUGCCUUUCUGCUCUCUGCUUUAUUGCUCCAGGUUUGCC